AUGCCAGCCAAAGGGACAAGUAGGUCCAACUUGACUGAUCUCUUGGUGACAUAUAACUUUAAAGUUGUGUGUUCUACAUGCUCUGUCAAAGAGAACGAAAUAUCGUACACCCUUAAAGCAGUCGACCACCAAUGCAGCAGAGAACUUCUAUUGGCUAAAGGCAAAGGUACUAGCAAAUGGAGGCUUGUUUCCCGUCGCCCUGAAUUUCCUAACCCUAGCCAGUAUGAAGUUUGUUGGUUCUUCAAGGAGGGCUCUGGGUGUAAGAAGCACAGGAACCGCUGCACCUUCGCAAGGAGCCACGAGGAGGCCGCCGUGUGGAACUUCGUAAAGCACCAUGGGAUAGAUCACAGCACGUUAAUUAGACUGAUAACCGAGUCGGAGAGAAUUGCCGUCCAACAGCAAAACACGUCCGAAAACAUCCUCACUGAGUUCUCAGGGGAAUUUCAAGAGCUCUGUAAAGACUGCUUCCUCGGCACUCCACCGACAAUUACAGGCAAACGGUGGAACAACACUUGCUCCGUGGAUACAGCCCAUGUCUGGAGCCCAGUCUUGGUUCAUCACCUGGCAGAAAGUCAGGGGAAGGAAGUCUACAAUCAGAUAAGGCCUCUGCCCCCAGUCUGCCCUUUCCAGUAUUGCAACCAUGUCAUGCAAGGUAUGCCCUGUUGGCACGGGCCCAGCACGUGCCAGUUUGCCCACAGCGAGGUGGAGAUGGCUGUCUGGCGAGCAGAAGCACGUGGGGGGAGUCGCCAGGAACUCCUGCAGCUCUCCCAGGAGAGGCAACGUCAGAAGCAACCGUCGGCUCAAGACGUAGUGCCCGCCGCUAACCUGAAGGUGGCGAUCUACUGCAAGGCUUGCCUCGUAACCCUCUCCUCUCGGGAGAGCUUUUUCAAACACUGUGCCUCAUUGGAGCACGCCCAGAUGAUCUCCGGGGACACGACCACGGAGUGGAAACAUCGUCCCCCGCCCCACGGCCGCAAAGCAGAAUUUUGGCUGUGCGAGAGGUAAACAUGUUUUUGUAAACUCAAGGAGACAGCCUCCACACACAUUGCACAUUCCAGACGUUUUUGUACACACCUGAGUGACUGCGAACAUUGCUAAAAGUCUAAAAGUGCAAUCUCUAUGGUAGAUGCAUAUAUAAAUAGCCCUUAUUGUCUAUAUUAUAUUAAGUCAUCAAUAAGCAAUUUUCUUAACAAAACAUGGGAUAUACAGUAAAUGUAAUUUGUUGAAAUGAUCAAUAAGCAGCAAGAAAUCUUGCUGAUUUGUACCUUUAGCGUCUAAUUAUAGUUUGCACUGCCAUUACUUCUCAGGCCUGACACCUGUGAAUAUGGCACCAACUGUGUCAAAGCUCACUCUGAGGAGGAGCAUGAAGAGUGGCUAAUGCGAGCCAAAGAGGACAAGGAGAUGAGGCGCAACAUAGAGGCUCAAGGCCUCAUGUCUUACAGGGAACGUCUUUUGGAGGAGUACAGACACAGCAGCAAUGAAGUGCACAUUGUAAGUCAUCAUAGUUCAGAUCAGGAACACACGUCUCCAUGCAAUUGAGAUUCAAUCAAACCUGCACUUGAGUAAACCUGCACUGCUUAAUAAUAACAAUGUUCCUGCAUAAUUCCACUGAGGCAAAUAAUUAGAUGAUGCCGCACGUGUGAAAUAAACAAAUCAAUAUUAAUGUUGACAAAGCGGUGCAUUUCUCCCGGAACAGAGUGAUUAGUCAGCAGUGCAGGUUUUCUGCGUUGUCGAUUGGACUGAAUCUGACAGUGAGUGUCAGUGUUGUUUCAAUGUAAAGAACGAAUGGUUGAUUUAUUCAAGUGGGCAAGUGACAUGAACUACUCUGUCUGUCAACACAUGCCAUAAUAACACCUGUCAAAACUGUUUCCAAUACAUUUAAUAUCACACUGUUAUACCAUUUUGAUACUGCCCUCCAGCGCACUGAUACAUUUGAGAUAUUCUCCCUACCACAUAUUAUUCACAUUUUAUUUUACUAUAAAAUGCUCAUUGUCCCCAAGCAACUAACAGUGUGAUUUCAUGUUACAGAUGUCAGAGCAAGUUGAUGACGUGACUGUCACUUUUGAAGAGGAUUUGUGUGUGGAGUGUGUGGAGACUGAUGCAGAAUUCAAAUGGAAGUUCCAGAUCAAAACAGAGGUAACAGUUAGCUAGCUAUAAGUAUGACAUUCUGUUGUUUUGAUGAUUAUUCCUAACUGCCUGUUACGUGAAUAUGUAUGUGAAUGUAGGGCUCUUGAAUACAGUCAAUACACUGAGAACACUUCUCUGCUCAGUGUCUGUGAAUAAUACGCUGUGCUUUUACAUUUUCUUCUUUGUGCCUCUCCUCCAUUGAAGUUUACUGUUGCCAGUAAAAGAUUCAAGGCCAGGGCUCUUACAACCUUCAUUGCUAUCUCUUUGGGCUCUGAGAAACAGAGUACAUUCUCUCCACUAAAGUUUCAAGGUCCAACCUCUAAUUUAAAGUGGACUGAUUCUCAUAUCCGGGACUUUUAUCAGCUGGCAGGGGUGGAAAUAAACUGGGCUACUAAUAAUGAAUUUAGUUUAUAAACCACAUUUCUCGUACAAAACAAUAAAUAAAUAAAAUGUGCCUCUAAGCUAGCAAGGAUGAGAUGGCUCAAGCGAAGUUUGCAUUUUGCCGUUUGUCAUGUUUCCACUUUCAUAGUGUAUUUGGUCACCUAUGUUAUUUGCCUGUGUCUUCACAGAGAUUACUUGCACAUGUAGCGUUACUGAAACAGGAGCCUGGAGCCUCUUUCUCCCUGGAUGUAAACAGUCCUGAGCCCUGCACUUACUCCACGAGUGAACAGUUCUGUAACUCAGACAUGACCUAUGACAUCACCGUGUCCUUCAAGUCCAACAACCCGGGUCUUUACGAACAGUGGUUGGUGUUUGACUUUGACAUGAGGCCAGUGCUCCUGCAGAAACUCAAGGUUAAAGUCGGACAGCAGCUAUCCCCUAAGCUCGAGGAGCCACCUGAGGACGUUAGGCCUCUUUCCCAGAAUCUGGAACGCUGGCAUCGGGGGAACAGGGUCUUCAUCCCCUGCUUGGACAAGACAGAAGUACAGGAAGAGCUUCUCAAGGAGUACAAGCCUCCUCAGAUUAAUUUGCGGUAUAGACCACUUGAUGACAGCAACACGCCCAUGAAUCACCAGAACUACAAAGAGAGAAUGCACAGCUUCCUGUACACAGAGGAGCAGGCAGAAGAUCAGGUGGUUUCAAGGUAAUAACAUCAGUAACUUUUUCAUGGCUUUAUUUCCUAGCUGAUCAUCUUUAAUAGUAUUGUGUCGUUCCACGAAAUGAGUGCCUUUUUUUACAUCCCUUUGAUAUUUUAAAUAGAAAUUGUGCACUAAUAUUAAAUCUUAAAAGCCUGUUUUAUUCAAUAAAGUGCCCUUUAUUAUAGACCACAUGGAGAAUUCAAUGAAUCAGAUUGUUAAUAUUAAUAAAGAUAUGCUAAAGUGCCAAAAUGCUGCAUUUUGACAUGUCCCUCCGUGCACCUUCUGUGACUUCCAGGAAGAUUUUAACCCACUUCACCCCAACAUUUCUACAAGUUUCACCAUCAUUGUAAAGGCCUAGUUAUUUUGUUGCUUUGACAAAGUAAUUUCUGAAGAUUAUUAUUUAUUUAAUGUGUUUAAGGUCAAAGAUCAAAUAGGGGACAACCUGCACGAGUGUGAGAUGUGAAAUAGAAAUGUGUAUUUUUGCAUAUCCCAACUCUCCCUGAGACACCCUCAGAGAGUGGGGUCACGGCCAGGGAUCAGCCAUUAUUGAUGGUGACCCUGGAGCAAUUAGGGUUAAGUGCCUUGCUCAAGGGCACAUUGACAGAUUUUUCACCUAGUCGGCUCUGGGAUUCGAACCAGUGACAUUUCGUUUACUGGCCCAAUGCUCUUAAUCGCUAGGCUACCUGCCGCCCCUAGUGAUUUAUUUUAAGGUAAAAAAAAACAACCUUUCCCUCAUUUUAAGUUCAAAUCUAUUACGUGAACUGAACUCUGGUUUUAAUAUGGUGACUAUUCCUUUUUAAAUACCUUUUCAUUUUAUUGAACAUCUAAUUGCCCCCCACCCACCUGUUGCAGACAAGCUUCAAUUUCCUCUGUCACAAGGGGAUUUAUGGCUGAUUUAAGAUGAAAUCGUCAACCCGGUUACGAUCAAACCUUUGACUUUAUUUGGCACUUACUAUAGUAUAUAUAUUUUUUAUUUAACCUCUUGAGAUGGGAAAAUGUAUUUUUUAUUAGGUUGAACUGAAUGUUAAAAUUAGGUUAAAUCAAAUGGGUUUUUUUCACCAAGUUACACAUCUCAAAAGGCACCGAAUUGGUGGAACGACCCUAUUAUAAAUACUCUUUGGUUAAAAGGACAACAACCUCAAAGUCCCUCCAUUUUCUUUUGCGUUUUAGACUCAAUGUUCGAGGGACCAUCACCUUGUUGGCCACCCUAGACGACCCUCAGUUUGGGAUGAAGAUAGCUCCUCUGGAUGAACUGUUCUGUGCCGUCUCAGUCCCUUAUACUCUCACCCCAGACACCCCAGAGGGUUUGAUGCUGAGACGAGGCAUCCAGUCAGCUCUCAUAGCACCAGUAUCUUCAGAUAAUCAAAGUCACAAGGUCUACGAAGCCAUCAUCCUCAGAGACGCCACCAGUGAGAAUAAAAUGCACUUGCAGCUGUCUAAAAGAUGCUGCUCUGACCUGAAGCUCCAAAGAAAUGAAACAUGUGAAAUGGAAGUCCAGUUCCAGCUGAAUCGUCUGAAGUUCUGUGAGAUGCACAAAGCCAUAGAUCUCCUUCCAGACACAGAGAGAGUGUUGCCAGACUUCAGGAACUGCAGUGUCCCUGUUAACGAAAUACAAUACCCCAAACUCAAUGCAAAGCAGCAGGCAGCCAUUGAUUUCAUCAUAGGGGAUUCCGAUGGAAGAGAAAGUGUGGCCCCCCUCCUCAUUUAUGGACCGUUUGGAACUGGGAAAACCUUCACGCUCGCUACAGCAGCCAAAGAGCUGGUAAGGCAGCCUCACACCAGAGUAUUGAUCUGCACUCUUACAAACAGGUAAUGACCCCAAUGUUCUAUUGACACCAAUUCACUUACACUGAGUUUAACUUUCUAGUCCCUUCAUGCAUUUUCAGUCUUACCUAAUGCAAUUAAUUGACUGGCACAGGUACUCAUUGUUACAUAAUAAUGCUUAAGACUGGUAAAAACUUGUUUGUGCAAGUAGGCCUACUUAUGCAAACAUUUUGUAAACAUUAGAUUAGCAACAAAGGAUGUUUAUUUGACCUCUGUCUAAUGAUUACUUAAAAAAACAGUGAGGCUGUUGGACUAUUAUGAGUGUCCAUCAAUCAUUUGUAUUGUGUAAGCCUCAUAUCGGUUUGACAGUUACAGUAUACACUGCCAGUUAAGGAUUAUGUAACACAUUGUGAAAAUACACUGUGGUUCCUCUACAGGUGUGCUAUCUUAAUUUGACCAGUUUCUCACAGCAGGAAAACAAUCCUGCAGCAACAGGAAAUGUGAAAUAUGUAGAUUAAAAUAAGUGGACAUUUUGUUGAUACAUUUUUUUGUUAAGACAAAUCAAGUCUGAAAUGUUAAAGUGGAAAUUACAAACUUUAGAAGCAUUUAAAUACUUUUUUGAAUAUACUACAAGUUGGCAUUUGCUGCUGCGCAGGACAAUUCUCUGUGACAACCGAGUGAUCAAAUUAAGAUAGCAUAUCUGUAUGCCAUGUAUUAAUCCCAAUGUUAAUACAUAUUUCAACUACACUUGUAGUUACAGUGUACCUGCUCAUUAAUUACUUGUAAAGGAUCAAUUUAAUAAAAAGAAAGUAGGGCGAGCAAUUUUCAAUCACUGUUGAAAGGGAAGCACAACUAACCCCUCUGUUGUCAGCUCUGCAGAUUUGUAUGUCAAAGACCACUUCCACCCAUACAUCAACUCUGGACACCCUGAGAUGAAGCCACUGAGGAUAAAAGCAAAUAAACUAGGGGUUCCAGUGAGUGCCACAGAUGAGAUCACACAGAAGUACUGCCUUCUAUCAGAAAACGGCCAGUUUUUCCUACCUCCUGCCAAAUGUGCUUUAGAUUGCCAUCGGAUAGUCAUCACAACUACUGCAAUGGCAAGGCACUUCCAUGACCUGAAGCUCCCUGACGGCUACUUCACCCACAUCCUGAUUGACGAAGCCUCCCAGAUGCUUGAAUGUGAAGCUCUGAUGGCCCUUGGUCUGGCUGGGCCAGUAACUCGAGUGGUUCUAGCUGGAGAUCACAUGCAGAUGGGGCCAAAGCUCUUUUCAGUGGAUGAUGACCAACGCUCCAAUCACACCUUGCUGAACCGUCUGUUCCACUACUAUCAAACCCAGGAGAGUAGUGCAGCUUUGAAAAGCAGAAUCAUUUUCAACGAGAACUAUCGCUCCACAAAAGAGAUAGUAGAAUUUGUGUCCACUAACUUCUACGUUGGCAAGUCUGAUGCCAUCAAGGCUGUAGGUAAUGUUCCAGCUCAUCCGAACUGCCACCCCCUGAGGUUCCACCAUGUCAGAGGAGAAUCUCACUUGGACAACACAUCCAUGUCGUGGUUUAACCUUGAAGAGGUUGCAUGUGUGGUUGAAAUAGUGCAAAAUCUACUCAGAGAUUGGCCACUCACAUGGGGGAAUAAGGAUCAACGCUCAGUCUGUGUUCUCUCUGAAGGAUGCCAGGUAAAAAUUGUUAUUUGUCAUUUGAACAUAGUUUAGGAAAUCUAAUCUAUUUCUUGAGUGAAUAGGGGAACAACAACAUUUUUUAUGUGACUUUUUUGUGUCAAUGUUUGUCUUUUUUCGUAGGUUCAAAUGAUCAGGAAAGAGCUUCGGAAAAUAUCCCUGAGCCGAGUGACUGUGGAAAAUAUUGCCAAUGUUCAAGGUAUUGAUCAUUAGAUGUUCCAUAUUACUGCACUGGUGGAGCUAGGAACAUAAGCAUUUAGCUACACCUGCAAUAACAUCUGCUAAACAUGUGUAUGUGACCAAUAAAAUGUUAUAUGAUUUGAUUAAUUUGCAAACAUUGGUUAAUAUUCCAAUUAUUUGUUAUUGUCUCCUAGACAUGAACAUGAAAUAACACUAUUUUGUAGAUUUAACUACUGGUAUGUAAUUUCGAUCUUUGUAUAGAAACCUUUUUAUUUGUCAAAAUAAUGAGUCCUUAACCAUACAAUUUUUUCAUUAUUUCUUGACAGGCAAACAGUUCAGAGCAAUAGUAUUGACAGCCGUUCAAACCCGUGACAGCAUUCACCCUUCUGACUCACAUUGUGUGGAGUUUUUCAACGAUGCUCGCGUGCUGAACACGGCCAUGACUAGGGCUCAAUCCCAGGUUGUUGUGGUUGGAGAUGCUGCCGCUCUAUGCUACUUUGGAAAGUGCUCAAGAAUCUGGAAGAACUACAUUGACCAUUGUAUAACAAAGGAAAGUGCUGAACCGAAACACCUUACACAAGACUUCAUUGAUGGCGAUAUCAAGGAAAUGUCAAGAUUCCAACGGUCAGAAUACCUGGAUGAGACCAGCGCUCAGUCAGUUAUGUUUGGCACAGAGAACAACAUGGAUGCAAUUCUCCAACAGCUACAAGAGGAGCAAAACAUGGCAAACUACAAUUCAUCUGAUGGAGACAAAUCAGAAUCGAAAAGUGUAGUAGAACAAAAUAGACCAUACGAUAGUAGCGAAGUUGAAAGAGAUGCCUUGUUGCAGUUGUUGAGAGAGAAGCCAAAUCGGUACAAGCGAGGGGAAUUGGUCAUGGAGAAACAUAACGCAGGUUAUAUCAUACCAUUUGACAACCCAACUAAGCACAUUAUCAUCAAAGGUAGAGGUAACCUCGGCAAGUCCUUCGCUGGUGACGAAGUGGUAGUAGAUGUAUUUCCUCAGGGAAAGGUGUUAGGAACCAUCAAGGCAGCUGAACCCCGUCGUGUGUUUGCUUGUACCCUCGAAGAUGAAGAUUACCAUAAACCCAACCAUAAACCCAAAGUGAAGUCUGAAUAUUAUUUUCACAGAAUGAUAAUGGUACCCCUCAAUACUAAAACCACCAAAAUAUGCACCUUGGCAAGGAGUCGCAAUUCCAUUCCAAUAUGGAAACACGAUGAUGGACAAUGGGAGAUUGUCAGAUUUCAACAACUUGAUGAAGACAUCAAACACAAUCAUGUUUUUAUGGUGGAGGUCCUUUCCUGGAACUCGAAAACUGAAAACAAUGAAAAGUAUACCUUCCCAUUAGGACGCGUGAUAGACAUUGCUCCCAUAGGAUCAUCUUUGGAGGAAGGCUUAAGGAUUUUGGAUGCAGAAUUUAAAGUCGAACCAUCACCUCCCAGACAUGUUUCAGCUGAAAUGUGUUCCUUGGAAGACACCCAAAUUGGUAACAGACAUGACCUCCGAAAGUUGACUACUUUCACUGUUGACCCAAAGAAAUCCCAAGACUUGGAUGAUGCAAUUAGUGUCAUUGACAUGGAAAGCCAUUAUGAGGUUGGAGUUCACAUAGCAGAUGUGGCAUAUUUUGUGAAUGUUGGUGAUUACUUGGAUGAUUAUGCACAGAAACAGGGUGCUACAUUUUACAGCCCUAAAGACCCAGUUUACAUGUUCCCAAAACCAUUUAGCAUCAACCACUUGAGUCUGCUGCCUGGUCGAGAUCGUAUGGUGAUUUCAUUAGUGGUACAAGUAGACAAGGCAACAGACAAAAUCAUUGACAAGAACUUCCAGCUUUCUCAGAUCAAUUCUGAUACACAGUUGUCUUAUGAAGAGGCGGAGGACAUCAUCAGUAAGCGGUCAAGAGAAGAGGCCAAGUUUGAUACUGUAGAAGACUGUGUUGCUGUGGCAUAUCGUUUUGCUAAAGUCCAAAGGAAGGCCAGGCUUGGCAAGGAUUGGAGCUAUAAACGACUGGACGAUCACCAGAUGCCGGGGAAGAGGAGAUCCCAUCAGAUGAUUGAGGAGCUUAGUGUACUGUUCAACAAUUCUGUGUCUGAAUUUUUGAUCAACGCAAAAGAAACCAUGCACUGCACUCCUCUCCGAUGUCAAGCAAGACCUGACCCUGAAAUGGUCGAAGACUUGAAAGAGCAGUGCAAAGACAUCAUACCACUGUCCUCACACCUAAGGCACAACCUUGACCAUGACCUUGACCAGGAGGUAAUGGAGAGCCAAAGCUUCCCUGUGCUAACAUCAGUGUGGAAUGAGAUCCUAUCAGCUGCCAAGAACGGGGAAGUUGACACUGACAGAAUGAUUGAUCUGAUAGCUACAGAUGACAUCUAUCCCCAGCUCCUUCCAGUGAUAUUUAAGUUUAGGAAGUGUCUUGGCAAAGCCUAUGUCAUCCGUUCCAAUUCAUCCCAUAAGGCAACUGUUGGGCACUAUUCCUUGCAUCUUGAGUCCUACACACAAGCAUCCUCGCCCAUACGUCGCUACAUGGAUGUUAUCCUGCAAAGGCUAAUGCAUUCAAUCCUAAAUGUCACUCCAGUUCAAUAUUCUCCACAAGAGAUUGACAUUCUGGGUCAGAAGAAUGAAGAAAGAUACAAGAAGGCCAAUGAGUAUGAAAAGAAGGCCGAGAUGAUCUCCUUUGCCAUGGACAUGAAGAAACAAAAUGCUUUGAAGAUAGCAUUUGUUGUUGGUGUUCAGGUAGAAGACAGUUUCAAGCUUUCGUUUCCGUUUGACAGGCACUCAUUUCCAGACAGUUUGCCUGUUAUGUACAGAGAUUUGCAAUUGGAGGAUCAACCACUGUACGACUCAAACGAGAAUCACAUGACUCUAACAUGGAGAAGACGAGUGUACUCAGUUGACACUGCCAAAACUCACCAAGAGCUAAAAAGGGUGCAAAAUUCUUCUGCAUGCACCGAGCUUUCACAAACAACUUGGCGAGCCAUUGUUGACGCGAUUGACCAGGAACAAUGGAACAUAGCAAGGUCUCUCAUAUUAAGUGCCACAACAAAGCAAAUGGAAAAUGUAAAGAGUGUGCCAAAACAUGCCACAAUGGAUUUGCUUGACGCUGGGAAUGACUCUCAUAGAACGGCACAUGGACAAGAUGAGAAAAUUGACAUGGAACACUAUGUUGAUCUUACUCUCCAGUUGAAGCAAGGAGACACACUUCAUGUCCAAAUUACAUCUGAAAGAAAGCGAGGUUAUUGGACACCCACUGUUCAGUUGAUGUGCAUCAAACCAACAUUUGAGGUGUGUGUAGACCACGCCCACAGCCCUAUCACAUGCUUCUCCAAAUGUGCAGACCGUCCAUCCAAGAGUGAAUAUAGCAACACUGGAGAGUAUGUGAGGAUCUGGAGACCACUUUGUGAGAUGGAGUCUGCAGCCAAUGCUGUGAAUGAAAGUGACAUCAUAAUCAUUGAGGAGCUGGAGCUGGAGCUGAAGCAAGGGAAAAGACUGGAAGGAAGUUUUUACCUUCCUCUCGAAUACAUUAAAGAAUGGGCCAUCGAAUGCAACCUUAACAAGUGCUUACUGUGCAUCCGAAAAAGAGGGUUGAAACUGGCCUCAACCCCUGACCAAUCAGAGGAAGUAGUGGGCCCUACAAACUACACAUGGGUGGCUCAUGGUGUUACAACCAAGUUCGACGAACCAAAGAAGAAGUCUCCAAAUCAAGCCAGAAAAGUGCACUUCUACAUCAACCAUUUGCCAAUGGAUACCAUUCCAGAGUGUGUCUCCCAGAGAAAGACAACAUAUACGGUUGAGAUAAUCCCGAAGCUUCUACCAGACGUGUAAGUACUAAAUUAAUUAGUAAGAGAAAGAAGAGAGAGCCAUGAAUUGAUCAAUUGUCAUUUCAAAUGUAUAGACAUUAUGGUGACACUUUAUAUUACAGUUCCGGUACCUAUUUAAAACUAAGUCAACAAAAUGGUGCUUAAAAUGUAAUUACCAUUAAUCAUAGAAUGUUUUAGUAAAUACCUGGUAAUUUCUGCACCAUAAAAUACAGCGCUACCCACAUUUCAUUCUGUUUAAAAUAAGGUCCUAAUGUAAAAGUAAAAUCCAAUAUUUGUAUUGGAUAGGCAUAAUGUUCCUAUAUUAAUUCAGUAUAUUAUAAUUAAUGGUGUUUAACAUUUUCUACUAUCUAGACGUAAAGAAAUGGCUGUGAACAACAUUGUGUCUGCAAAUGAGCUUGUGCAGAAAAUAGCCCUAGGACAACCCAUUCCAAAAGGAGGUAAGCACUGGACAAUAACAUAAAUAGAAAAAAAUUAAUUGUCUCACGUAAUCCCAUUUUACAUCUGAGGGGAUUUACAGUUCACAAUGUCAUUGUUAAGAUGGAUGUCUGAGGGGAUUUACAGUUCACAGUGUCAUUGUUAAGCUGUAUGUCUGAGGGGAUUUACAGUUCACAGUGUCAUUGUUAAGCUGUAUGUCUGAGGGGAUUUACAGUUCACAGUGUCAUUGUUAAACUGUAUGUCUGAGGGGAUUUACAGUUCACAGUGUCAUUGUUAAGCUGUAUGUCUGAGGGGAUUUACAGUUCAGUGUCAUUAUUAAGCUGUAUGUUUGAAAGUAUUGUUUUGCUGUCUUCUUGGGGAUUGUAGCUUUGCAAUCCGAGGUACCACGGCACCGACUCAUGAGAGAAAAGGCACCAGAAGGUCUCCCAGAGCUGAAUAAGAGUCAAUAUGAUGCACUGGAGAAAGCUCUGAAUAACAACUUCACACUCAUACAAGGGCCACCUGGUAAGUUAUUAAAUAGUACUACCAGAAUACCUGAAGCUGUUAUAUGGCCCUUUUUCUAUGUUUACUGGAAUAUAAACAACACCUGUUUCAUAGGGACUGGAAAGACCGUUGUAGGAGUGUACAUUGUGUACUGGUACUUUGUGCUAAACUCCAAGAAGCCCAGGAUAUUUGAAGAUCCCAAGGACAAGGACAAGGACAAGAAAGAAGUUAUUCUCUACUGUGGUCCUUCCAACAAGUCUGUCGAUGUGGUUGCUGGCAAGUUUCUUGAAUGCUUAAAUUUGAAAUUGUCAUGACAAAAUAAUGUAUAAUGCAUUCAAAGCUUAAACAUGAGUAAAGUUCUGUAGGGAACAUUCUAACAUUCUAUGAAUUGUGGACAUUCUGUAGAGUAUCUGUUGAGGUUUGGAGACAAGCUGAAGCCCCUCAGGCUGUACAGCCGACAAAUGGAGAUGCUGGAGUACCCAUACCCAGGCAGUAUCCUUCAGCUGUCUGCCAGGUCACUUCGCCAAGAGCGGUCCAAGCCAAACCUCAGGUAUAAAACACAUUCAGUCACUCUCAAGUUGUGCACUGUAAAAAGUAAUGUAGCUUUUUAGUUGUUUCAGCUCAUUUUCCAAUGUUGACUCAACUGAAAAAUAUAGAUGUUUUUAAUUUUUUGUAAUGUUUUUUUACCACUUUUUCUGGGAAACCAUCUCACUUGUCUUUGAUAACCUGGUCGUAGUGCUUGCUUCAUCAUUUGUCUGACCGGUGUCAGCAUGUUUUUUGUCAAAUGUUUCAUGCAUUUAUUAAUGAAUUUGGAUCUCACACUAUGUACCAUUUUCAGAGCUAUUACCUUGCAUCAUCGCAUACGGGAAGAACAAAAUCCGGAUUCCAGGGCAAUAAAAGAGUUUGACCGCAGAAUAAACCUAGCCAGAGAAUCAAAGGGAGAGAAGCUGACAGACGAAGAAGUUGAGGAGUGAGUAAAGAUGUAUUACAGUAUUCCCUUGUAAUAUACAGUACAUUCUAAUUGAAUUCUCUUUUAAACCUACAUCUGAUAGAAUUGGUCAUAUUUAUUACAGUAUUCCCUUGUAAUAUACAGUACAUUCUAAUUGAAUUCUCUUUUAAACCUACAUCUGAUAGAAUUGGUCAUAUUUAUUACAGUAUUCCUUUGUAAUAUACAGUACAUUCUUAUAGAAUUUUAUUUGAAACCUGCUAGAAUUGGUCUGCAUUCGGAAAGUAUUCAGACCCCUUGACUUUUUCCACAUUUUGUUACAUUACAGCCUUAUUCAAAAAUUGAUUAAAUUGUUUUUUCCCCCUCAUCAAUCUACACACAAUACCCCAUAAUGACAAAGCAAAAACAGGUUUUUAGAUUUUUUUGCAAAUGUAUAAAAAAUAAAAAUAACGGAUAUACCAUAUUUACAUAAGUAUUCAGACCCUUUGCUAUGAGACUCGAAAUUGAGCUCAGGUGCAUCCGGUUUCCCUUUAUCAUCCUUGAGAUGUUUCUACAACUUCAUUGGAGUCCACCUGUGGUAAAUUCAAUUGAUUUGACAUGAUUUGGAAAGGCACACACCUGUCUAUAUAAGGUCCCACAGUUGACAGUGCAUGUCAGAGCAUAAACCAAGCCAUAAGGUCGAAGGAAUUGUCCGUAGAGAUCCAAGACAGGAUUGUGUCGAGGCACAGAUCUGGGGAAGGGUACCAAAAUAUUUCUGCACCAUUGAAGGUCCCCAAGAACCCGAUGGUCACUCUGACAGAGCUCCAGAGUUCCUCUGUGGAGAUGGGAGAACCUUCCAGAAGGACAACCAUCUCUGCAGCAACUCACCAAUCAAGCCUUUAUGGUAGAGUGGCCAGACGGAAGCCACUCCUCAGUAAAAGGCACAUGACAGCCCGCUUGGAGUUUGCUUAAAGGCACCUAAAGGACUCUCAGACCAUGAGAAACAAGAUUCUCUGGUCUGAUGAAACCAAGAUUGAACUCUUUGGCCUGAAUGCCAAGCGUCACGUCUGGAGGAAACCUGGCACCAUCCCUUCGGUUAAGCAUGGUGCUGGCAGCAUCAUGCUGUGGGGAUGUUUUUCAGUGGCAGGGACUGGGAGACUAGUCAAGAUCGAGGGAAAGAUGAACGGAGCAAAGUACAGAAAGAUCCUUGAUGAAAACCUGCUCCAGAGCGCUCAGGACCCCAGAUUGGGGCAAAGGUUCACCUUCCAACAUUUACAUUUCAGUCAUUUAGCAGACGCUCUUAUCCAGAGCGACUUACAAUUAGUGAAUGCAUACGUUUUUUUUGUUGUUGUUUUUUUCAUACUGGCCCCCCGUGGGAAACGAACCCACAUCCCUGCCGGCCAAACCCUCCCCUACCUUGGAUGACACUGGACCAAUUGUGCACCGCCCAUGGGUCUCCCGGUUGCGGCCGGCUGUGACAGAGCAACAUGACAUCGACCCUAAGCACACAGUCAAGACAACGCAGGAGUGGCUUCGGGACAAGUCUCUGAAUGUCCUUGAGUGGCACAGCAAGAGCCGGACUUGAACCCGAUCUAACAUCUCUGGAGAGACCUGAAAAUAGCUGCAGAGGAUCUGCAGAGAAGAAUGGGAGAAACUCGCCAAAUACAGGUGUGCCAAGCUUGUAGCGUCAUACCCAAGAAUACUUGAGGCUGUAAUCGCUGUCAAAGGUGCUUCAACAAAGUACUGAGGAAAUGGUCUGAAUACUUAUGUAAAUGUGAUAUUUUAGUUUUUAUAAAUUUGAUAAUUUCUAAAAUCCUGUUUUUGCUUUGUCAUUAUGGGGUAUUGUGUGUAGAUUGAUGAGGGGAGAAAAAAAAACAAUUUAAUCUAUUUUAGAAUAAGGCUGUAACGUAACAAAGUGGUAAAAGUCAAGGGGUCUGAAUACUUUCCUAAGGCGCUGUGUGUGUGUGUGUGUGUGUGUGUGUGUAUGUGUAUACAUUUUUUAUUUUUUUCUUCUAGCUACAAAAAGCUUCUGAAUAAAGCUCGUGUGUAUGAGCUGCAGAGACACGAUGUCAUUCUGUGCACCUGCUCAGCAGCCUCCACCCCUAACCUGACUAAAACGGUCAGUGCACGCCAGAUCCUUAUUGAUGAAUGUGCCAUGGCAACGGAACCUCAGGCCCUCAUCCCAUUGGUCAGCAACAAACCAGAAAAGGUACGUUGAAGUAUAAUUCAGCAAUAAGGCCCAAGGAGGUGUGAAAUAUGGCCAUAUAGCACAAACUCCUGAGGUGCCUUGUUGCUAUUAUAAACUGGUUACCAACGUAAUUAGAACAGUAAAAAUAAAUGUUUUAUCUUACCCGUGGUAUACGGCUUUCAGCCAAUCAGCUUUCAGGUCUCGAACCACCCAGUUUAUAAGAGACAAUAUACACUACAUGACCAAAAGUAUGUGGACACCUGCUCGUCAACAUCUCAUUCCAAAAUCAUGGGCAUUAAUAUGGAAUUGGUACCCCCUUUGCUGCUAUAAAAGCCUCCAUUCUGGAACUAAGGGGCCUAGCCCAAACCAUGAAAAACAGCCCCAGACCAUUAUUCCUCCUCCACCAAACUUUACAGUUGGCACUAUGCAUUGGGGCAGGUAGCGUUCUCCUGGCAUCUGCCAAACCUAGAUUCAUCCAUCGGACUGCCAAAUGGUGAAGUGUGAUUCAUCACUCCAGAGAACGCGUUUCCACUGCUCCAGAGUCCAAUGGCGGCGAGCUUUACACCACUCCAGCCGACGCUAUUGCUUGCGCUACACCCGCAAUAACAUUUGCUAAAGAUGUGUAUGUGAUCAAUAAAAUGUGAUUUGAUUUGAUCUUAGGCUUGUGUGUGGCUGCUCGGCCAUGGAAACCCAUUUCAUGAAGCUCCCGACAAACAGUUAUUGUGCUGAUGUUGGUUCCAGAGGCAGUUUGGAACUCGAUAGUGAGUGUUGCAACCAAGGACAGACAAUUUUUACUUGCUUCAGCACUCAGCAGUCCCGUUCUGUGAGCUUGUGGCCUACCACUUCGUUGCUUCUAGACGUUUCCACUUCACAAUAAGAGCACUUAAAGUUGACCAGGACAGCUCUAGCAGGGCAGAAAUUUGAUGAACUGACUUGUUGGAAAGGUGGCAUCCUAUGACGUUGUUACGUUGAAAGUCACUGAGCUCUUCAGUAAGGCCAUUCUACUGCCAAUGUUUGUAUAUGGAGAUUGCUUGGCUGUGUGCUCGAUUUUAUACACCUGUUAGCAACGGUGUGGCUGAAAUAGCUGAAUUCACUCAUUUGAAGGGGUGUCCACAUACUUUUGCAUAUAUAGUGUCCCACGGGUAUGAUGCAAAACUACUUGUUUACUGUUCUAAUAUCAAUUGUAACCUGUUUAUAAUAGCAAUAAGACACCUCUGGGGUUUUUGGUAUAUGGCCAAUUGCUUAAUAUAUAAACAACAGAUGUUUUACUGAUCAUGAAAUAAAUAUUUAAUUACCUUUUGUAUAGAAUGGUGUAUACAUGUUUAAAAUAAAGGUAAAUCAUUUAUAGGCCUAUGUUUGUGAUGUUUAUUAUGUAGUAGAAUGACAUCGUCUUCCAUCGGUGUUCAAUCCAGAAGCAACUGUUUAGGCCUGGGCCAUACAAUGUUCACCUCAGUGGGGCUCCUCAGUAAGAUCAUCAUUUGUGUAAAAAUUUUCUGUAAAAAAAGGUAUGUUUUUUGCAUGUAGUCUAACCCUUGAGUUUGGACAUGGAAACAGUGCAUUGUUAUAGAAUCACACUGCUAACCUUAUGCCUAACCUUAAAUGAAGACCAAAAAGCGAAUUUUGACUAUGGCUAUAGAAUCUAGUGGAAACUGGAGGAUUGCUGCAUCAAUUUCUCAGGUGCUACCUACUCCCUAUGUUCCCUUGAGCAAGGAAUUUAACCCCAUUAUCUGCUCACUGGGCACUGCACUGUGGCUGCUCUCUGCUCCAGCCUCUCAAACCUAAUGUGUGUGUGUGUGUGUGUGUGUGUGUGUGUGUGUGUGUAAACUGAGUGUACAAAACAUUAAGAACACCUGCUGUUUCCAUGACAUAAAUUGACCAGUUGAGUCCAGGUGAAAGCUAUGAUCCCUUAUUGAUUUCACUUGCUAAUUCCACUUAAAUCAGUGUAGAUGAAGGGGAGGAGACAGGGUAAUGAAGGAUUUUCAAGCCUUGAGACAAUUGAGACAUGGAUUGUGUAUGUGUGCCAUUCAGAGGGUGAAUGGGCAAGACAAAAUAUUUAAGUGCCUUUGAACAGGUAUGGUAGUAGGUGCCAGGCGCACCGGUUUGAGUCAAGAACUGCAACGCUCUGGGGUUUUUUCACGCUCAACAGUUUCCCGUGUGUAUCAAGAAUCGGCCAUCACCCAAAGGACAUCCAGCCAAUUUGACACAACUGUGGGAAGCACUGGGGUCAACAUGGGCCAGCAUCUCAAUGUAACGCUUUCGACACCUUAUAGAGUCCAUGCCCAACGAAUUGAGGCUGUUCUGAGGGCAAUGGUGGGGUGUAUGUGUGUAUAUCGGAUUGGUUGGAAAAGGACAGAAGACACAUUUCCAUCUCAUAUGGACUAAUAAAGUAGAUCUUAUUUUAAACUAAGCCUUUACAGCAACCCUGUUUUAUCAACUGCAUGCCAAGGCCUAUAUAGGUCAUCAUCAUAUUUGCAAGUCAUGAAGAUUGAUGGCGAAAUAACCUCUUUCCACUUCCAAGAUUGUGUUGCUCGGUGACCACAAACAACUACGUCCCAUCAUCAAGAAUGAACUUGUGAGGAAGUUGGGGAUGUCAAAGUCUCUCUUUGAGCGCUACUUUGAACGGCGGUCCCAGACAGUGAUGCUGGAUACCCAGUACAGAAUGGUAAGGGGGGGGGGGGGUCAUAUUUCGUCUAUUAUGAAUUCAUUCAAAAUGAUACUCUUAAUUCACAUCAUAAAAUCUCAUGAUUGUUGAUCAAGGGCAAAAUGCUACGGUGCCUUUGACUACACAGAUACGUAUUUAGAUAGAUUGAUGUCCAAUGAGAAAAUACAAAUACUUCUAUCUUUUUGUAGCAUGAAGAUAUAUGCAACUUCCCAUCAGAGGAGUAUUAUGAAGGAAAACUGAAGACUGACGUGGAACGCCCAAAUAGUGUCCUUCAGGCUGACAGCAGGCAGACACACAUUGUUUUCGGCAACGUCAGUGGAGAAGAGGUCAGCCUGGUUGUGAGCACAGCAAAAGGAAAUGAAAACUCCAAAGCGAAUAUGAAGGAGAGAAACGAAGCGGUAAGGAACCUCUUGUUUUUUCUCAACUCCAACACUCAAAUCUUGCCAUGCCACUGGUACACUGUGUUAGUUACCAAAAUCAACUCAUAUAAUUUAUGAUUGUAACUUUUUGUUUAUUUCAGGUUCGGCUUGCCAAACUGCUGGUGACAGAAUCCAAAAUAAAACAACAAAGUAUCGCGAUCCUAUCACCCUACAACGCCCAGGUGGCCGAAAUUAAGAAAGAACUGAGAAAAAUCAAACUGGACGAAAUCACGGUCACCACCAUCACAAAAAGUCAAGGUGUCCGUUUGACUCUUUCUUACUUUCCCUUCAGUUCUAUCUUGAUUGUGAUUAUAUUGUUGUCCCUUUGUGAACUUUGAACUGGUUAGGUUAGCCCUGGGUAUAACCAACGCUGCUUCGUCUCCCAUGCAGGAAGUGAAUGGCGCUAUGUCAUCCUGUCCACUGUGCGCUCCUUACCCAGCGAGGAGAUCGAGACAGAGCCGGACUGGGCCUGGAUGUCCAAACAUGUGGGCUUUGUUCGCGACCCCAACCAGAUAAACGUGGGCAUUACCAGGGCCAAAGAGGGACUUUGCAUUAUCGGUGAGAGAGACGUUUCCUCAAGGACUUAAUGUUAAAGAUCACUGGAACGAGGAUGAUCUAACUUUAAACUACAGUGUCAUUGUACUCAUUUAUUUUCUUCCUUUCUCAAAGGAAACCAAGAGCUGUUGAGCCGCAGUGGCAGUUGGAGACAACUCCUCAAACAUUAUACAGCAAGGAACUUCGUCACAGAAGCUGAAAAGAUCUCUGUGCGCAAAGUAGCAAAAUAGCCUGUAAGCACGGUCUACAUUGAGACGUGGUCUCGGCACCGGAUCGCUGCACAAUGAACAGUAAAAUUCAAAUCACUUUUUGAGGAUAGAUUUAUGAUGUGGCUUCAGUUUCAAUGUCAAGUCAAAUGAAUUAAAUACUGUACUCAUUGUCAUUUUUAAUGUGACCUUUCAAUUAACUGUCAAUUUUAUUAGAUGGUCUCCAUUUUUUAAUUACUGCCUACACUCUUACUGUUUUGUUGUUGUUGUUUAAUCUGUGAUGUUAUUCUGCACUAUUAUUUAAAGUGAAGUUAAAAUUUUAUUUUUUGAGAAAUAUUGUAUAUUUUUGUUGAAUCAAAUGAAUCAAGUACUAAAGUCACUGUGUAAUAGUAAUGUGACCUUUAUUUUGUAUGGCUGUAUUCUCUUUUACUGUUUGUAUUUUACAAUGUAGUUUAAACUAUGUUCUUCUAUACUGUUUUUUUACAGCAGGCCUUUUUGGUAUAAUGUUUAAUUGUAUCACAUUCCACAUAUAAAUUAUCGUAUUUUCCCAAAUAAAGCUUAAAUCUGACUGAAAUGUUAUGCUAUAAAAUAUGUUUCAUAGUAAAAUAAGGACUAUGCAUUUGUUAAUCCUAUUUUGACUGCUGUAGGUGUAUUCCAGUGUAUAGACUGUUUGUAUACUGUAGUAGAUAUAGAUUAUAGAUGUAGUAUGGUAAAGAUUGUAUUGAUUUGGAUCUAAAUCAUAUAAUAAAGUAAUAGUUGAGC